UGACACGGGGGGGGAGAUAAACCUCCUGAAAAUGCUCCAGUCUCUCGCCAGUAAUUCAUGUGUGCGUCUGAUAAAGAGCCACAAAUCAACAUGUUAUUUCGUGUCCCUCGUCUUGGGGUACCUGCUCUAUCUCGUGUUCGGCGCCGUUGUCUUUUCCUCGGUCGAGCUGCCUUAUGAGGACCAGCUGCGGCAAGAGCUGCGGGCCGUGAAGAAGCAGUUCCUGCAGGAGAACAACUGUCUCACCGAGGAGCGUCUGGAGUGGUUUCUGAAGAAAGCGCUGGAUGCUAGCAACUAUGGGGUAUCCAUCCUCAACAACGCCUCGGCUAACUGGAACUGGGACUUUACGUCGGCGAUGUUUUUCGCGAGCACGGUGUUGUCCACCACGGGAUAUGGUCACACGGCUCCUCUGUCAGAUGGUGGCAAGGCCUUCUGCAUCAUCUACUCAGUGAUUGGCAUCCCCUUCACCCUCCUCUUCCUCACCGCUGUGGUGCAGAGGAUCAUGGUGUUCAGCACACGGAGGCCUGUCAUGUACAUCCACACACACUGGGGCCUGUCCAAGCCACUGGUGGCCAUCGUUCACGCCACUCUGCUCGCCUUGUUGGCCAUGUCGUGCUUUUUCCUCAUCCCCGCUGCCAUCUUCUCCAUUCUGGAGGAGAAUUGGAACUUCCUGGAGUCCUUCUACUUCUGCUUCAUUUCCCUGAGCACCAUUGGCCUGGGAGACUAUGUACCUGGAGAGGCUGUUAAUCAGAGGUUCAGGGAGCUUUACAAAGUGGGCAUCACUGUCUAUCUGAUCCUGGGGCUGAUAGUCAUGCUCGUGGUGCUGGAGACCUUCUGCGAGCUGCAGCAGCUGAAGCAGCUGCGGAAGAUGUUCUACCUAAAGAAAGAGAAGCCGCAGGACCGCAUGGUCAUUCUGGAGAACGACCACCUGUCCUUCACCACUGUGCCCGAAACACCUGCAGGCCACAUGGAAGACAAAUUCCAGCCAUUUGUCAGGGUGACCCCUCUGGCCUCUCCUCACGAUGACCCCAUGAUCCAGUAAACGACUGAGCAGCCGUCUAAUGAAGAAGGUACAAACAUGAAAUUAGGAGAGGAUUUUGUCACAAGUCUAUACAUACAGUAGCUAGAACACAAGUCAUAGCUCACUCCUGCUAAUUUUAGUUGUGAAACUAGGUCAGACUAUUAAGAUUAAGCAAAAGAAUCCCCUCUAUGACAUUUAACAUAUAGCGCUUUGCAUCAGAGAUGAAAUUAUUUGCAUUAAUCAAGGAGAACAAUGAUAUUUAACAGUAGUCUGAGAUGAUGCCGUUUUAUGACUCACAGGAGCUAAGCUUUUAUGAGCUGUAUCAUUUAUUGCAUAUUUAGCAACAGUUUUAGAAAGUAAUUGGUCUUUUAAAUCUAGGUGAAAUGUAGGACAGUUGUUUGUAGUCUGUCACACAGUAGUACAGUAAUGUUAACUUUUAAGGUACGUGGAACCUCAAAUUAAUGCACAACUUUAACAUGUUUUAAACAAUGAAUUGUCAUUAAGGCAAGAGUUUUAUUAUUUAUUAUUUUAAACAUUGACAGGAAAACGCAUACUGUACCAUGCUGAUCAGUGUUUUUGCUGGGUCAACUGCGAAAUGCUCAAUUAUAUUCUGUUCAGCUUGAAUCUAAAAACAACAACUGUUGUGUAGCAUUUUUGGCUCAUUUAUACAGAGGUGUUAACGACUCCGGUUGCACUCCAUUUUGUCACAUUUCAUUGUUUUUGUCUGCAGAAAUGUGUAUUUUUCUCCACAUGUUGCGGAGCUAUUUCAAUUUUGUGUGUGUAACGAUUGGCACUAUCAUUUAUUGAUCUGCCUAAAAGGGUGAACAUGUGCUGCAUUGUGUGGAAAAAGGGAAAGGAGGUUAGGCUGACUUUAAAAAAAAGAAAAAAAUGGAAUCAUAGAGCACUGGUUGGCUAAUUGAAUUUUGCUGUCGAUAAGGAGAGCUCGGUUAACUUUGCACAUGUACUGGAACCAGGAAGUAGUACAGAAAAAUAAAUGACUGUUUGGGAUUUCUCUAAAAGAAAAAGGGACUUGCUUGCAGAGAUUUUUUAAAUGAGAAAGAUUGUGCCCCUUCUGCAGUGGAAGGCCUGGUUAUUGUUUAAAACUUGAAGAGAAACUAUUUUACUGUAUUUGCAUCACUUAAAUCUCCAAAAUGUAUAUUUUUAGAGAAGGCACGACGAGGAAGGUUUACAAAAUUUUCGUAUAGAUUCAUGAAAGGGAUUUUUAUGCCAACUUUGGCACAUCAGAGGGAACCUGAAACGAUCAGUUUUUAGUCUCAUUGCUAAUGGAUGACUUUCCAUAGUCUGACUUAUACUAAAUAUUGAAUAUGCAUAUUAUGAAAGAUUACACAAGGUUAGAUGUUUUGACAGAGGUACUGAUCUCAUGCCUUUAACCAUAUUGACAUACAUACACGUGGUGUUUGUUCCAUCAGUGUCUCUGACCUCAUUUCUUAGCACGCAUUUGUAGUGUUUUAUAAAGUUUUAAAUGUAAUGAUGUGGGUUUUUUUUCCUUUGCUAUUUGCUGAAUUGCUAACUUGCUGCUCUGUUAGUUGAAGAGAAACAAGUCGAUUUGAAAGUGUGUAGUGGCUCAUCUUUAAUACUGUAUUUUUCAGUGGGAAUGUUGUUGAUUUUUUUUUUGACACCAUUCUGGGCCUUUCUGCAAACUGUGAAGCAGCGAUACUGUUUAUACUGUCAGGAGGAGAAUGUGAGGAAAAACACGUGCUUUCUCAAAUAUUUAACAGUUCUGUAAAUACCAUACUGUGUAAGUCAAUGUCAACUCUUAAACCCCCCAGCCUUUUUUUUUUUUUUGUCUUUGUCUUGAACAUGAAAUCUGCAGGUAAAGCACUUCUUGUUCUGUUCAGGGAGUAAACAUUGUGUCAAGGAUAACAAAUGGAUUUAUGCUGACAUUAUUUAUUCAUGCUGACAAAACCGACCUGUUUUGUGGACAGUGGAAUAUUAGCAUUCAGAAAUACUUCACAAGUUGUGGUACAUUUGUGCACAGUUCAGUAUUUGUCGUGUUAUAGCACAUUGUGUUGUACAGGAUUGCCGGGGAGCACCAAGGUUUUCUUGAAAAAUUCAUUUCAACUUAAAUGAAUCCAUGAAGUGUAAAAUGUUGGUGUAUCUCAAAUAAACAGUUGGUUUGUUAUGACCUCA